CCUCGAGGAGGUCGCCCGCCUCGCGGCGGGCCUGCCCGUGGACGGCCUCAACUGCGUGGUCCCCGCCAGGCCCGUGGCCCGGGAGGCCGGCGCAGAGAGGCACCCGCGGUGCAGCAGCGAGGCGUGGGGCGAGCCCGACGGGCCCUCCCGCGCGGCGCCGGCGAGGCCGACGACGCAGGCCGAGGUCGAGGAGCUCUACGUCUGGCCGCCCGUGGCAGAAGGCUCGUCCCGCACGACCGUCGUCGCCAUCGAUCCGCCGGUCGAGACGCCGAGCAAGACCUCCCCCGAGCCGCCCUCCCUGGCGACGUCGGGCAAGUGCCCGGCGCAGCGCGAGCCGGGCUCCCCGCAUCUCCUCGGCCGUCAGAGGUCCAAUGCGCUGGCGCUUAUGCUCUCGGACCACGAGCUGGACGGGCAUCGCAAGUCCGUGACGGGCACCCCAGCUAGGGGCGGCAUGUUCCCCGACGUGGAGCACAUGAAGGCCCAGGUCCGGGACGCGGUGUUCACCGAGGAGUACAAUGUGGCGAACUACUACAAGGACACGGGCUGGGCCCAGCGGGUCGCGAGAAGCAGCAUGUUCGAGGUCGUCACGCUCUGCGUCAUCGGGGCGAACGCCUUGUGGAUUGCCGUGGACGUGGACGAGAACGACGCGACGGACCCCACGAAGGCGCCGCUCAUGUUCCAGAUCACGGACAACUUUUUCUGUGGAUAUUUCUUUGUAGAGUGGCUGAUCCGCUUUGCCGCAUUCCAGCACAAGAGCAACUGCCUCAGGGACCGCUGGUUCGUGUUCGACUCUCUCCUUGUUGCGCUGACCGUGGUGGACACGUGGCUCAUGCUGCUGCUCUUCUCAUUGUCGGACAUGUCCUCCGGGGCCAGCAGCCUCACGGUCCUCCGCAUCUUCCGGCUCCUGCGGCUGACGAGGAUCGCCAGGAUGCUGAAGUUGCUGCACGCCAUCCCGGAGCUCAUGAUCCUCGUUCCCGGCGGAGGAGAAAUCAGUGGCGGCACGCGGGAGGUGAUGACGAUGGUGAUGGGAGGUGAUGACGUUGGGAAGUAG